AUGAAUCAUACAGUUACAGGUAUAGGUACGACACCAGGUAAAGUACUAAUUAAGUAUUUGAAAAUGUUUAUUUUGAAUACAAAUGUCGUUUCCGUUUUGAAGAAAAAUAUACUCCAGGGAUUAUUUAUUUUUAUAUUCCAUUGUUUGUUCAACAGACAGGUCAAAGAUGCACUGAAGAUCAAAAAAAGAAGAUAUAGAGCUAAAUCUAUUGAUACUGGUACAGGAACGAAGUCAUUCACACAAGUUCCUAUGCAGUUGAAUCAACCAAGAACCACAUUAGACAAUGAUAAAGCCACUAAUGAUCUAGAUAAAAAGACAUCCCCAUUCCUGGAGGCAGAUCGCCAGGUUCAAGAACUGGCCCAGAAGCUAGCUAAAGUUGACAACAACAACAUUAAAACAAAUGCCAAUAAAGAUAACAUUCCCGUCAAAUCUAAUUUUUCAAUAUUUGAUAACGUAAAAAUAGAAAAUCCGGGGCCCGAACCACCUAAACCAUCUGAUGAAGAUUUGUACGUGCCAGUUUCACGCAUAUCACAAAGGAAAGCAAGUCAAAAAUCUGGUGCUCAAACCGUUGAGGACAUAACACAGAAACCAUCUAAUCAGGACUCAUAUCACAUUGACCAUUCCUCCAAGAAAUCUGAUCCAAAUGACAAACCAUUCUUCGCGAAUUCAGAGAAAACUGGUUCUGACGUUCUAGAUUAUCCCAGACCUGAUAGAAAUAAAUUACGUAUCGAUGACUAUGAUCACCUUAGACCUGAAAUGAAGGAAAAUUCGGUUUUAAGAGAUUAUACCAAAUUACAGAACAGACCAACUCAAUCAUCCACUACACCUAACUAUGGAGUGUUUGCUGAACCUAUUCAGAGGAAGAUGCCUAGUAUAGAAGAUAACUCCAAACAGACGGGCUAUUACCCGGAUCCUUCAGUUUAUCCGGCACCUACAUCUAGGAAAGGUUUAAGUCCAACUCGUCGUACUGAACCGGUCAAGCCAGCAGUUGCUCCAAAAACAAAACCAAAGCCAAAACGUAUUGCUGACGAUGAAGAAGAUAAGGUAGAUCCUGAGAUGGCUUAUGAAGCUCUUGAUGCUCAUUAUAUGGGCAGCUCCAUACCAACCAAGGACCCAUAUCCAUCAAAGAGUAGUAGAAAACCAAAAGCAUCAUCAUCAAAUCCUAACUUAAAUAAACCAUUAUAUGAUAAUCAUGCCCCGAAAGAUAAGUGGGCCAAGAUGAAAGAAUCCAAAAGAAGAGGACCUCACCCUUCAGAAAUACCAAACCAGAACAGACGUAUUCACAGUCACGAAAAUUUAUACAGAUCACACGGUCCACCUUAUCAACCCACAGAGGUACACAUACUUCAUGAUGCACGAGGUCAUCCUGUAUCUCGCCGAGCACCUGCUUAUCACAAAGGAUGGCCAGAUGGUCGUGGAGGCUUCAAUUAUUAA